AUGGAACUACAAUUCCCAUUGAGAGUAGAAAAUCCAAUGUACUUUAAACCUUCCUUCGAUGAUGAAUUUUAAUUAAUUGAAAGGUUUGCUUUCAAGACCCCAAAAGUCAUGAGGCCCAAUUAUGAUAACAUAGUUGAUUGGGAAGUUUUUUAAAUCAGUUAUUCGGAACCUGAAGAAAUAGAUUUGGAAGGCAUUUCAUCAGUUUUUAUCGACUUUGGCAAAGUAGUUCAUCGAAAAAACGAUCUAAAAUAUUUAAUUGAAUACUAUGAGUUUAAUUGGACAAAUCCUUUUAAAAUGCAAGAUUAUGAUUAUCUUUUUGUUGUGAAAGAAAGAGAUUUGAUGGGCAUCAUUGCUUUUCAAAAAGAGGAUAAAUUGAAUGAAAUUUUGGGUUUCAUCCUGAGAUAAUUAGUGCAUACAACCAGAUAUUCAGAAAUUGGUAUUCGUUUACAAAUAGAUCAGACUUUGAAUUGGAUAUGCUACGCCUCCUUUAAGAAAAUAAUUCAGUUAAUUGGGAUGAUAAAUAAUAUCGAAUAUGAAUCUAUGUUCGAACUCACUAAAAAGGUCCUUUAAAUAAAUUAGAUUCAGCUUAAUGAAUAGGAUAUCUAGUCAAUUGUUUAUAAGACUAUAAUUUCAACAGGUUUAUUUCCUUAUUAAUGUGAACUAAAUACUAUGGAUCGCAUAAUUGAUCAUGUUAAGCCCUUUAUGUAUUUAUCCAAUUUAAUAAUGGGAUCUGCUAUUGUUCCUUGGAGUCCCAAAUAUCAUGCAAGUCUAUGUAAAAUCUUAUAUGAUCUUUAGCUAUUGGCAAUAUUCGGUACAGCUAUAAUAAUGAAUCAAUAUUUGUGCUUCAAACCGUAAGGUAGAGAACCUACAAGAUCAAAUAAGACUAUGUCAGUUUAAAAAUGCUCGAUUUCUUCCCACUUAAUUCUUGGGUGGAAUCACUAGCAUUUUACCUAAAUUGUGUAGACGAUUAAGGAGAAGCUACCCUCAAUAUAGAUGGAACUCAACAAGAUUAAUUCAAACUCAUCAUAAGAUGAAGAAAGCAGCUCGUUCAAAAGCCUUUCAAAACCUCUUCUCAAAGAAACUGAAUUUUCGGAAUAGCUGUAGGUUGACAAAUAGUAUCGCUAAUUAUUCAAAAAUCUAAUUCAAAAGUCUAUUUAAGAUAUCUCUUAUGAGAAAACCAUAUAUGGAUUCACUAAACAGUUUUCCAAGAUAACUGAGAUUAAGGAUUAAAUUUCUAAAGAAUUUUAUGAUAAUUAUUAAUCAGAAAUGAACAGAUCAAAUAUACUAGAUCAUGCUAUUUCCAUCCUAACAGAGACUGAAAUGGAAGGCUAUUCCUUAUGUUCUAACAACUGCUAAACACCUUUAUCAGCAUUUAUUUAUAAAAUUUGUGAGACAUUUCGUCCUUAUUAAGAGAUUUUGAAGUAGUAGAAGAAAUUAAAAAAUGCUAAUAUUAUGAUUAGAUAAUCAGCAUCAAAUUUAAAAAAUGAAAAUGAAAAUGAGGAUAGAGAUAGAGAUAUCACUAAUUUGAAAUGGAUAACAACUUAUUGUAAGUAUGCAUCCAUAUUCGAUUUGGCAAUGCUUUCUUAAUAAUUUAUAUUACCUGCAUAAUUAACUCAUAGUUUAGAUUACUUUGGCUACUAUAGCGACAAAUUAUCACAAGAGUUCUUAAAUGAUGUGCGAAAAUGGAAUACAAAUAUUAGUGAUUUUCAUAAGGUUCAUCAUCAUCGCAAUUCAUAACAAAAAAAUUGCAAAAGAAAGCCAAUGGAUUAGAUCAAAUCUUUUGAGAGUCUUGUAGAUGAAGGAAUCAAAGUUGGACUAUUUCAGUAUUUUAAUAUCAAAAUGAAAAAUUUAGUAGACCCAAUCCCAAUUUUGCAACUAUUCUCAAAAUUAGAUGAUGAGUAACGUGAUGAUUUAAAACUUGAUCUACACUACUUGAUGCAACAUUACUAAAUAUAGAUUGUUAAUUUAAAAAAGUAAUACGAAGGAAAGACGCAAAGAAAUGAAAAGAAGUUAAAAAAAGGAAAGAUAUAAGCCUAAUUAAAACAUAGACUAUAAAUUUACUUAGACACAGUUAGCUUUCUAUACUACAAUUCUAUCAGAAUGCAAUUGAACUUAAAAGAGAGAGAAAACACCUUAAGUCAAAUCGGGUUUGUGAUUGUUAAGAGUGAAAAUAAAGUGGAGAGAGGAGAACCAACAAAUAUUGAUUUAUAAAUUAUCUUAGUUGAAUACUAAAUUCAGAAAUGUUUGAAUAUGAAUAAUAAUAUUUUAUCAUAAAAAUUAAAUAAUAUGCUCUAAAAUUUAUAAGUUGAAGGUAAAGAAAUUAACCAAGAUUACUCUUAUGAAUGGGUAGUUGGGAAUGAUGAUUUAAUAAACAUGGAAAAAGGAAUUUCAAUAGCCGAGUUCACUGAGUAAAGUCAGAAUCGAGAUUAAGAAAUGGAAUUCAGAAUUUUAAGACGUCUUACAGAAACCUAAUACCACAAUGAAAACCUAUAUGAUUUUCACCCUGACAUUUUGAAGUUAAACCGAUAUGGCAACAUCUUACCUUUUAAACAUUCAAUAGUCAAGUUGAAAUGCGAUGAAGAAGAGAACUAAAAGGAAUCAUAUAUAAAUGCUGAUUACAUUAAUCUAAUAAAUGGAAAGGAGAAAAUGAUGAUAGCCACUUAAGGUCCAGUGACCUAAACAAUAGGACAUUUUUGGAGGAUGAUUUCUUAAGAAAAUAUAUAAAGCAUUGUAAUGCUUUGUAAUCUAAAAGAAAAUGGAAAGGUGUAAUGUGAGUAAUACUGGCCUAGAAAUAUAGGAGAGAGUUUACUUGUAGGAAAUAUUACUAUAAAUUUCGUUAGUUAAGAAGAUUUGGGAAACAAUAUAAUAAAAAGGACUCUGUAAAUGUAAGAACAAAAUGGAGAAGAAAAAUAAAUAAUUCAUUUAUAAUGGUGUGGAUGGCCAGAUUAAGGAGUGCCCAAUCAUAACGACUUCAAUAUAAUAAUGGAAUUGAUUAAUCAAAUUUUGGACAAGGUCUUGAAUGAUUAGAAAGUAGUAUUUCACUGCAGUGCAGGAGUAGGGAGAACAGGAACGCUGAUAUCCUUGGUAAACCUGAUGAUCAUUCUCACAACCUACAAAUCACACAUAGGAAUUGACAAUGCGAGUACAAUAAUAUUAAUAAAGCAAGAAAUAUUUGAGAACCCAGAUUAGUUUCGGAUUUCAGUUUUUGGAGUAGUG